AUGACUGUUUCACUGUCUAGUGGUGUGGCGAACUGCAAUUCUUUGAGAAAGCUUUUUCUAUCCGAGGUCUUCUUAAACGACAACAUACUUCAGACUCUACUCACUAGUUGUCCCUUGAUUGAAAGUUUCAUCCUUAAGCAUUGCUUUGGAUUGGAAAAGAUUGAGUUGUCGAAUCUUCAAAAGAUCAGGUCAGUUUCCAUUUGGACACUUGGAAAGCAACAUGUCAAAAUCCAAGCACCAACUCUAGAACGCUUGCUUUAUUGUGGUCAUAUUAAAGAGCCUCGUUUGUUGGAUAUUGUUGAAUGUCAGAGUCUGAAAUCUUUAAAGCUCUCAUGUGUGUGUAUAUUUGAUGGAUUUCUCCAGCACCUUUUUUGUAGAUCCCAAUCCCUUGAGAGUAUAACCAUAGAUGGAGAGAUUGAUGCUUCAGACUUGGUACCACUUGAGUAUAUGGGAGAUCAAAUUCCUAAGUUUAAAAUUGCAAAAGAGUCAAGUCAAUUGAAGCACUCACGUAUCGUUCUUGAUUGCUGGUCUGGGAAUUUAAAUGCUUCAUGGUUCUUUAAGUUGAGGAAAUUCCUAUCAAAUUUGAUCUCUUGGUCUCAAGUUUCUCUUGAUUUUCACAUAUGCAAUGAGAUUGACGGGAAAGAUAUGCAACUGCACCACAUAGGUGCUCCCCCCAAAGUGGACGUUUUAAAUGUAGAUAUAAAGUCAGAUAGAGGGUUCCCAACUUUUGUGGAUGCUUUGCUAUGGAGUUGUCAUUCUAGGAAACUCAUCCUAACCUCAAGUAUUGAGAUGAUUACAUGUUUCAUGGAUCGUUUAAUGUUUAUGAAGAAUUUAAGUCAUUCUACUUCUCGUGGUAGCAAGUCUAGGCAUAAUCAAUUAAAAGAAAUAAAAGUAUUUGAUGAGAAAAAUCAACCUCUGGAACUCAGAAGCGGGAAGUUGGCAAUAAGGAACCUCAUGAAGAGGGAGAAAGUUUACUUUUUAUUAGAUUGGUGGUGA